AUGUUGUUCUCAUCGCCCAAAGAACCCCGCUCCGUCUGGGACUUGUUCGCGGACUGGGUCCAGAAACAACCAGACCAUACCGCCAUCGUCCAAGGAGAUCACACAAUAACGUACAGACAGCUUCACGACGCUGCCACAAGGAUAGCAAGCCAUCUUAUCUCUAACUCAGUACAACAUGGAGAUGCAGUACCUGUUCUGGCGCGGCGCACUCCUGAGAUGGUGGCAUGCUUCCUUGCCGUCAUUAAAGCAGGUGCUUGCUACGUUCCAGUCGACACAGAGUCAUGGAGCGACGAACGAGCCAAAUGGACGCUGAAGGAGGUCAAUGCCAAGGUGAUUCUCGAUGCCGAUGGCAGCGUAGGACAUCUGGCGGCGAAGAACACUGAGUUGAAGACCAUCAGCCACCAGGAGAUUCAAGAGGCUUUUGCGGAAUCAAACACCUACAAGUCAGACAUGCCUGCUUUCGCCAUGGUCAGCGAAGCGGCAGUGCAGCCCACGGACCUCGCAUACAUCAUUUUCACAUCUGGAACCACCUCUACUCCAAAAGGGGUGAUGAUACCGCACCGAGGAUUGUUGAACUAUGUUCAGCAAGGAAGCGAGGAGACGCCGUUCAAUGGCGAUCCUACGCCAGACGACACUUUACUGUUAAUAUUUUCACCUGGAUUCGACGCCUGUACUGGAGUCUUGUUCUCAGCGAUCUGCAACGGUGCACAGCUCCUCAUCGCAACUCCCUCAGACUUCCUCGAAUGCGCCACGCGAUGCACGAUCUUGCCAGCAACGCCUUCCGUUCUUCGCAGCAUUUCAGAUCCAGACUCAUGUCCCCGAAUCAGAACGAUCAUCAUGGGUGGCGAAGCACCUACGCCAGCCCUUAUUCAAGCUUGGGCACGACCUGGACGGCAAAUAUACAAUGGCUAUGGCCCAACAGAAACGACGUGCUCUUCGCUCAUGGCGAAACUCACCCCGGACUCACCAAUCACUCUCGGUCACCCGAUGAGCAACAGUCGAGUCGUCUUGCUUGAUGAUAGCAUGGUGGAAUCAAAUUAUGGCGAGAUUUGCAUCUCUGGACCUGGCCUGGCAAAGGGAUACUACUGCAACGAGGAGCUCACAGCGACAAAAUUCAUCAUGUGGGAUGGAGAGCGCUUCUAUCGCACUGGAGAUUUUGCCCGGCGGACCGAGCACGGUCUGGAGUUCGUCGGUCGAGUGGACAGCUUUGUGAAGAACAGAGGUUAUUUGGUCAAUCUGGAAUCUCAAGUGAUCCCACUUCUCUGCAAGUACCCUGCAGUCGAAGCUGCGACAGCAUUCAUGCAUCAAGAUCGUCUUGUAGCUUUCGUCACCCCUUCUCAGCCUGACGCCUUGGCCAUGAGGCAAUCACUGGCCGAGCAGUACGAUAGCUUUCUCGUACCGGAUCAAAUCCGUGCGCUUGAGGAUCUCCCCCUAACACCGAACGGCAAGGUUGACAAUCGGGCAUUGAAAUUACUCCUCGAUGGAGAAGCUUCCGAGCUUGAUUCGGGGCGCGGCGCGGGCUCGACACUGGACAUACUAAAGGUAGCUGUCGCUGCUGCCCUGUCCAUCCCGGUUCACGACAUCCAAGAGAGCCAGACUUUCUGGGGCCUGGGUGGCAACUCUCUGGCCGCUAUCAAAGUCCUCUCCUUCUUGCAGAAGAACGGAUUGAGCCUUCGUCUGGCAGCUCUUUUCGAGGCUGAUUCCCUUGCCUCGGUAUGUGCUUCGAUCGAGUCAAGAGAUUCCAGGGACGAGAAGACCGCGUUCGACCACUCGCCUGACGAGGGGCCAAUGACCACCAUGCAAACAAAGAUGGUGCGCCGAUCACUGCAGAGCCCUGGGAAGGGGUACAUGCUCUUGAGAAUGACCGUCCCACAUUCCGGAUAUGCAGUGGAUGACCAGAAGCUACAAAAUGCAUGGCUACAGGUGCUUCAACGUCACCCGAUUCUCCGCACAUCCUUCAGUCUCUCCAAUGAAACACAGCAUGUCUCGCCCCAUGCUCAGCUUGAUUGGCACAGCCAAGAAGCCAGUCUGGAUGAUAUGGAUGCACUCGUGCAAGCACAUUCAUCUGAACUUGGGCUGAAGGUGAACCAUGUCGGACAGGACGAUAUAUUUGCGCCUACUACAGCGUUCCGACUUCUGACUAUACCCAACGAACAGUCGACACUGCUCAUCCUCACUCACCACAGCCAGGCAGACGGCUGGUCUUUCGGUAUCCUCUUGGAUGAAUUGCGGACUAUACUCGACGGUGGGAUACUUUCUGAUCCCCCGACCUUCAUGAACGUGGCACGUGAGCAGCGUCUGUUACAGGAGUCGGACAAAGGACGGCAUUACUGGUCCGAUCUAUUGCAAUCCCACCCUGAGCCACAAGGUCUUACUUUCCCGCCUCACGUGCAAGAGGAAAGACCUGCAGAUUGGACGCCGAGCUGCAAACUGGACCUGGACCUCGAGCCUGAUGUCCUCGCUGACUGUGCAAGAAGGCUGCACGUCACUCCACCAGCGAUUCUUUACACAGCAUGGGCCACGGUCCUCUCUUACUACACAUCGUCUGACCAAGUCGCUUUUGGUGCUGUCUUCUCCGGACGCAACAUGUCCCUUCCACAGGUUGACCGAGUCGUUGGACCUUUGCUCAACACAUGCCCAUUCUUCAUUGAUUUCGAAUCACAUGAAUCCGUGGAGCGAUGCGUAUCCCGCACAUUCUCUAGGCUCCUACAAAUGCUGGAGCUUCAGUGGUCAGCAGACGUUGCGAUGGCGGACAUGCCGACCGAUUACAUCAAGAACGUAUUGAGAACUGUUGUGGUCAUGGAGUAUGACUUGCCGACUUCUACGGCUCCUUGCGAAGCAUAUCCAGAGCCCUGGACCAUCGAGCGCGAGGAUCUGCUCGAGUUCGAUAUCUCACUACUCAUUGAGACUGCGGAUGGCUCCUUACAAGCACGGCUUCUCUACGACGAUGCACGUUAUGGUCGGACCAUGAUGCAGCGUAUGCUCAAUCAUUUCAAUCAAGUUCUGCAUGGCAUUCUGUCCGAGGAUGUCAAGUCCAUGCGUCAGGUCCAAGAGCGCAUGCUGAGCGUCGAAGAACGACAAUGGCUCCUCCAGUCUCCAGAGGCUGUUCCAAGUAUCUAUCCAGUCGCCGCCACGGUGAAAAAUGCAUUUGAGAGCGCUGCUGCACAAUGGCCUGACCUCCUGGCUAUUGAGUCAGCCCAUGGAUCAAUGACUUACGCCGAGCUGGACGCAGCCGCCAAUACCGUGGCACAUACGUUGAUCGAGACUGCAAACGCCGGGGAAGUAAUUCCUAUUCUUGCAGACGGGUCGCUGAACUGGGUCAUAUCCGUCAUUGCCGUCUUCAAGACCGGAUGUAUCUGCUGCGUAGUGGACAAGAACCUGCCCAAGAGCCGAGUGGAUGCUAUCAUCACGCAGACUGGCGCUACAACUCUACUUGCUGCCAACAAAGCCUGCGCUGAAAUUGUACAGGGCGAUCGUGCUGCUGGAUGGGCGGUCCUUGUCUGCGAUGAGCUUCUAGCAAUGAACCCUCUACGAAUGGAUCCUUUGCCUACAUUGUCAAAGCCACGAGAUACUGCAUAUGUUGUGUUCACUUCAGGAAGCACGGGUGUGCCCAAGGGCGUGCCUCUCCACAACUUGUCUAUUCUGAACGUGAUCAGACACGACUUCGUUCGCAUAGGGUCAGCCCCUGGUCGACGGAAUGCGCAACUGCUCUCGCUUGGUUUCGACGUCGUACUUGUAGAGCUCUUCGGAUCUCUCUGUUACGGAGCAACUCUUGUCCUGAAGGAUCCAACUGACCCCUUCGCGCAUCUCAAGCGAGUCGAUGCUACCCUCGCCACUCCUUCACUGCUGUCUGCUUGCCGCCCGGAAGCAUAUCCAAACCUCCAGACCAUUGCUGUUGCCGGCGAGCCAGUUCCGCAGAGCCUGGCUGAUACAUGGGGGCAUCGCAAUCUCAUGAACUUGUACGGACCUGCAGAGUGCGCCAUGAUCUCGACUGGCACCCGCCUUCUUCCUCAGGGUACCAUAACCAUUGGGAAACCAUUGCCAGGGCUGAGUGCAUACCUGUUCAACGACAAGCAACUUCCCGUCCCAGCCGGCGUCGUGGGAGAGCUUUACCUAUCUGGAGAGCAGGUGACGCCAGGCUACUGGAACGUGAAGACCAACCCCAGAUUCACGCCAAAUCCCUUCUCCCCAGGACAUACCAUGUAUCGAACUGGAGAUCUUGCGUACUGGGACUCUUCACGGAAUCUGGUAUAUCUUCGGCGAGUAGACAAUCAGAUUAAAGUGAGAGGAUACCGUGUUGAGCUUGAGGAGAUCGAGCGGGCGUUGCACAAGGCAGACAGCAACAUUCGAAGCGCCGCAGCUAUCGUCGCAGAAGGUGUUCGCAUCGUUGCCUUCAUCACACCGGCGACCAUCGACAUUCCGGCUCUGCGCCGUGAGCUUGCCAAUUUGCUGCCGCGCUAUACCCGUCCCACGGAGAUCUUUGCUCUGUCUUCUCUGCCCACAUCAGCGAAUGCCAAAAUCGAUCGGAAAGCAUUGUUGGAGCAAGCGCUGGCUUCGAAGGGACAUGGCGAGCCACCUUCUACGCCUACGGAAGUCCUUAUCGCGAAGAUCUGGAGUGACCUGCUACCUUCGUACCGCGAGUCUGGCAAUACCGUUCAGCGCGAUGAUGACUUCUUGGGCAUCGGCGGCAACUCUCUGCUAUCGAUCGUGGCGGCAAGGAAGAUUUCGUCUUCGGUCGGCAGACAGAUUCCAAUGGCUCUCCUGCUCCGCGACACGGUCCUUUCGGAACUCGCAGAGAAGGUCGAUGACUAUGUCCAAGGAUCGACUGCGCCUAGUGACGAUACUGAUGGCUCAUUCACGUCCUAUGUCAAGACACAUCCAACUGCUCUGGGCUCUGUCGAUCCAAGUCUUGUACAGCCAUCGUAUUUGGAGCAAGAGCUCUUCGAGAUGCACUCCCAGUCCACAACGAAGAGUGCUUUCAACGUGACCGCACAGUUUGAGCUCUCUGGCCCGGUCAACGUCGAGGCUCUGUUGGAAGCGUUCACAACUCUGGUUCGCGACAACUCCAUCCUUCGCGCUCGUUAUCUCUUUGAAGAUGGACGUCUGAUCCGAAGAUGUAGCAAUGACAUCUCGCCGCCAGAACUUUUCAUCGGUGACGAGAUGACACCUGAGCGCCUGGAGCGCUUUGCCAACGAGGCUUUCGACCUAGCUUCUGACCAGCUUCUCCGUUCCAUUUUGUGGCAGAAGGAUGAUAAGACGAUAGUCAUUACCCUGGUGUUGCAUCACAUUAUCACGGACAAAGCUUCUCUGGCUUUGAUGCUCCAGGAUGUUGCAAAGCUUUAUCAAUCUUCUCUCGCAGGGCCAAAUCAUGACAAUGAGGUUGACACAGAGAAGCUCAGCUAUUCGUCCUGGUCUCAAUGGUACCACGAGACUGAAGGCUGCAGAGUGAUUGAGAACAGAGAAAAGGAGGCAUUCUGGAAGAACCAUCUGCAAGACGCACAACCGAUUGCGAGCCUCAAGCCUGCCUCGCCAGCGACUUUCAACGGCAACCAGGGUUCAGACGUCAAGCACUCCAUCCUGAUACCCAACCUGGAAAACAAGCAGUUCUCUCAACGUCUCGCCGUGGCCGCAACAGCACUUUCGCUGUACACGAUAUCUCAGUCGGCGGAUAUGACUCUGGCUCUGCCCUUCGUCAACCGCGAAGACGAAUCCACCCAAGACAUGCUUGGACUGUUUGUCGAUCGGUUGCCCGUCCGUCUGAACCUGGCAACUUACUUGGAGUCACAACACAGCAACUCUGAGGCCUUCCUCGCCAAUGUGGCAGACCACAUUACAGACGCUGUCGACAACGCUUUGCCUUACAGUGACAUCGAGAACCUUAUCGCUGGAAGCAAGCCUGUCGACCCGCUUUUUGACGCACUGAUCGUGUACCACUGGGCUUCGGACGCACUGGAAAAGAACCUCGUCUUGUCUGAUUCGGAGCAGAUAAGUGUUCGCAGCUGUCCUCUUCGGCCACAAGGUGCCAUGCAUCCAUUGACGUUCGAGUUCACGGAGGUUGAGGAUGGAUUGGCUUGCUACGUGGAGUUUGACCCUGCGCUGGUUGCGGAGGAGCAUGUAUCUGCUUUGUUGGAUGUUCUCCCAGUAGCGCUCAAGAGCUUUGCCGAUGGUAAAGCGCUCAGUGCUAUUGUGAAGUCUUGA